AUGAACAAGAAGGGCAUAUGGCCAAACCAAGAAAGGCCGUAUGGGUCAGGGAGCCAGAAGGGAGAUGCGUGCACACUAACCUUUGUGCCAUAUUUCAACCUAGUAGAAAGAAGACACUCAGUGCUAGCAGGAGUACUAUCUCAGAUACGAUUCCUUUUUCUAAGUUUGUUGCCCUGUAAGAUGUGGCAGAAGAGGACUCAAGGUCAUAUGCCACAUCCUUUUUUCGGUAUUUCUUCUUUAAGAUCUCAUACCAAAUUGUGGUUUUCCACAACCUUUCCACAAGUCAUUAGCCAUUUCCCAUUUGACAUGGAUCGAGGUUAUGCACCAUAG